UUUGAAGACAAAAUUCGAGUACAAUUCAAGUAAAAAAUUUAAAUUUUAAACUAGCUAUAAUUAUGGAAAAUACAGCACAUCUGUUGAACGAGAUAGAUAAAAAACUAAUGAUUCUUCUACGUGACGGUCGAACACUUAUCGGAUAUCUUCGUGCUGUUGAUCAAUUUGCUAAUUUAGUGUUACAUCGCGCAAUUGAACGUAUUCAUGUGAACGAUAAGUAUGGUGAUAUGGAACGAGGAGUAUUCAUUAUUCGUGGGGAGAAUGUAGUUCUUCUUGGGGAAAUUGACCGUGAGAAGGAGCAGGAACUUAAUAGUAAAUUAACUCAGGUAUCCGUAGAAGAGAUCCUCGAUGCACAACGGCGAGAAAUAGAAUCAAAGCAGGAAAAAAAUGCACUUUUGCGACAGCGCUUAAAACAAAGAGGAAUCAAUAAUAAUCUAAUGCUCGAGGAUAAUGACUAGACUAUUUAAACUCAUUGUUUUUUUUUACGUAUAUAAGAUGAUCUUUAAAAUCAACUCUUUUUUUUAUUCUCUAAGUUUAAAAUCUGUCUAAAAAUGAUUCAUAAUUAUUUGAUUUCUCAUAUAAAUGGAGUUAUGGAAAGUUAUGUUAACAUCCUUAUAAUUUUAGAAUAUGUCAUUUAUAUAAAGUAAUAUCUAAUUCAUUCACAAGAUCAAGAAAAAGAAAUAUGUGAAUUUUUUACAUUAUUUAUGUCCA